AUGAUAAAAGAGUUAAUGUCGAAAAUAAUUUCGAGUUACGAUGAACUUAGUUUACAAGAAGAACAAUACAUUCUAUUGAUGAGUAAAAUUGUGGCCGUAAGAAAAUGUGCAGCUGAAGAUUUUAGUAAGGAUUCGGAUGAAAUAAACGAGAAUCUCGAAGAGAAAAAGGAUUUGGCUGAAAAAUUGAAUGAUAAAAAUACUAAUACGGAGAAUUCGAAAUUGAUUAAGGAUGAAAGUAACUGUGAACUUAUGCGGAUAACGAACGAUGAAAUCUCUACUAAUGAAGUUGAAUAUUCCCAAAUUAAAGAAGAAAUGAAGAAAAUAAGCGAAAUAAUGAAUGAAACAAAUCGAGCUUCGCUUGUUAAUAAUAAACUUAUGGAACAAUUUGAAGCUAAUAGAAAUAAGUUGGAUAUUUUGGUGAAAAUCAGGGAAAGUGAACGUAAGUCACAGUUUGGUGUUGUAAAUGAGACAUUAAAACAAGUCGAAGAAGCUCGAGAUAAAGUUGCUGCUGAAGAAGACGAAAUCGAUCGAAAACGUCGAAUAUUAGAAAGAUUAAAAAGAGAAGCACUACGUCGUGGAAUCAAACUUGGGCCAGGUUCAGCUUCCGAACCUGAUAUUAUCGAUAUCGACAAACAUCAACCGAAAUCUGUUACGGAAGCGAAAUUAAGAGCCAAAUUGGAGGCAAAGAAAAAGAAAAAUGAAGAAAAGGCAGUUGAAGAUAACAGUCCUCCAGUGCCUGAAAAUUUAGCACCUGCUAAUCGUAUUCCACCAAUUCCAAUAAAUGAUGAGGAUGAUUUGUCGGCUGCUCCAAAUUCAUUGAACAAUAAUGCAGCACGAAAAAACAAAAAGAAAGUUAAAAAAGCAAAGGAAUCUAUUCGCGAACGUCGCGAAUUCAUUAAUCAGUCGAUUCGUGAAAAAUUGGCAGCAAUUACUGCGCGUAAAAAACGAAUGAAUGAAAUAAAAACACAAUUAUUACUCAAACCUAUAAUGGAACAUAGCAAAACGGAUAUUAGUGAUACGGAGAAACAAGUGGAUGAAACUAUUAAAAAGGCUCAGGAACAUUUGAGAAUGUAUCCGUCUACUUUCAGCAAUUUAACAGCAGUGCGCGAACAGUUGGAAGAAAUAAGGGAUAAGGGUCAAGGUUUAUCCGAAGAAACAGCUCAGCUGCUUGAAUUCCAUCUUCAGGAUCACGAGAAUUAUCAUAGUAUUUCCGAUAGUCAUGGAAAUGAUUUGCUGACAUUGCCAGAUUACAACUAUUCGAUAAUUAAGGAGGUGAACGAACAAUUCAAAAAAUUGAUGAAUAAAGCGGGAAAAAUUAAUAAUAUAGAAACUAAUUCAUCUUUUAUUGAACCUUAUAAUUUCACGAGUAAAGAUAAUGAACGGUUGAAGAAUAUCGAACAAAUGCUUUAUAUUCAGCAGCAACUGUUGCAAACAACUGGAAAGCGGUGUUGCCAUGCGGAACAGUGCGAUGAAAACUUGGUUAAUGCAAUUCGUGUGAAAAAAAUGGUGAAAAAAUUAAAGGAAUGUUUAUUAUCAGCGAAACCUGAAUUUUUACAAUAUUUGAGUAAAUUUAUAUUUCAUUUAUCAGUGAGUCAGGAUAAUAUUUCUGAGAUUGAUGACAUUCUGUUUAAACUGCUAGACAAUGGUGGUGACAGUGAUGAUAAUAAUGGAAAUGCUGAUAAUCAGCCCAGCAAAAUUUUAUCUUCUCAAGCAAAACAGUUUUGCAGUAGCGAGUUAGAAUCGGAAAAGCAAAAUGUAUUGGAACGAAUCCACUUCAUUACUGAUGGGAAAUUUGAUGGGGAUGCGGGUUCGGAAGGUAUUAAUUUUCCAUUUUUCUAA